GGACUGAAACAAAAGUGUCGAUGUUCAGUUCAUGUUAACCUAAGACACGGGUCCCUCCCAUUUCCUCCUCGGACCGAAUCCACAGGACACAUCCUCCAACACUUGUCUGUUUUCCCCACCGCUUCAAACUCCAUCUCUCUCUCUCUCUCUGUGUUCGAAGAGGUGAGAGAGAGACCCUAAAGAGGAAACGAAAAGCGAAAGGUGGUUUCUUUUUUCAUGGGUUUUUCUGGGUUCUGUGGAGAAGCAAUUGGGUCUGAUCGGUGUCAAUUGGAGGUUUUUUUUAAAGAUUUCGUAGAGCAGAAUCUUCAAAAAUAUGAAUGGGUCUUUUAUCUGUUCAUGAUUUUGCUUCAGUUAAUUUGAUUUUCUCCUGUUAAAAGUCGAAUUCUUCACGUGAUGGGUCAUUCAUUUGAAGGAAAUCUCUGGGAAUAAUCGCAGUUUUGAAGAAUCUGGGGAGCAGAAAAACAAGGGUUUGAAGGAAAAAAUCCAACCUUGGUUCCAAUAUGGAUUGAAACCGUUCCUAUUCAUCUAUCUCUGUCUGUCUGGAUCUGUUCUUGUACAAUGUUAAGGACAUUGUUUGUUGUCGUGCUCUUCUUUUUCUGCUCCGUGUCCUUAGCCGACAAUGGCUUCUCCUCCAGAUGCAACUGCAACGACGAGAAAAGCUUCUGGCAUUACGAGACGAUUCUCCUCACGCAGAGAGCCGCUGACUUCACGAUCGCUUUGGCGUAUCUCACUAUCCCCUUGGAGCUCAUCUACUUCAUGAGCACAUCUUACGUGCCCUUCAAGUUUUACAUCAUCGAGUUCAUCGCCUUCAUCGUCCUCUGCGGCUUGACCCAUCUGUUCACUGCUCUGACCUCAAUGCCUCACCCGUUCCUGUUCAUGGCGGCUCUCACCAUCUCCAAGAUUCUCACGGGUUUCGUCUCGAUCGUGACCGCACUCUCCAUGGUCAGUCUGAUCCCGGUUUUCUUCUUGGCGAAGAUUCGGGAGUUUUUGUUGAUCAAGAAGGCCUGCGAGCUCGACCGGGAAGUCGGGUUUCUAAUGAAGCAGAAGGAGACCGGAGUUCACGUACGUAUGCUCACGCAGGAGAUAAGAAAGUCUCUUGAUCGGCAUACGAUACUCUACACUACGUUGGUCGAGUUGUCGAGAACUUUAGGCCUUCAUAGUUGCGCGGUCUGGAUGCCUAACAAUAUCAGAACUGAGAUGAAUCUGACACACGAGUUUAAACCGAGGAACCAUGCUUAUUCAAGCCGUUAUCGCCGUUGUUCUGUACCUAUCGACGAGUGUGAUGUCUCAAGGAUCAAAUGCAGUGAGGAGGUGGAGUUCUUGAGCGAUAAUUCUGUUCUCGCUCGGGUGACUGGCCGAGGAGAGGCCGGGCCUACGGUCGGGAUCCGGGUCCCGAUGCUUCCUGUCUCGAGCUUCAAUGGCAGGACACCUGAGGAGAUACAGAUGUGUUAUGCGAUCUUGGUGUUAGUCCUUCCUCGGGACGAGUUUCGGCAUUGGACUCAUGUGGAGCUCGAGAUCAUCGAGUGUGUUGCUGAUCAAGUGGCUGUGGCGAUUUCUCACGCAGCGAUUCUUGAAGAAUCUCAGCUUACGAGAGAGAAGCUCGAGGAACAGAACCGAGCACUUCAGGCAGCAAGACAGGACGCUCUAAGAGCAAAUCAGGCUAGGACAUCAUUCGAGCAGAUGAUAAGUGACUCGACCAGAGGUCCUGUGUAUUCAAUUCUUGGAUUGCUUUCCAUGACGAGAGACCAUAACCUAUCCAGUGACCAGAAGAUUAUCGUCGACACCAUGGCCAAAACUAGCAACUUGCUAUCGAUACUUAUCAACAACAACAACGAAGCCAAAAAGAUUAACAGCGAUAGAGCGAUUUCACUGCAGAUGAGGGGAUUUAGCCUACACUCGCUCGUGAAGGAGGCAGCUUGCUCGGCCAAGUGUUUGUGUGUCCAAAAGGGUUUCGGUUUCUCAACAGAUGUCGACAAAUGGCUGGUGGAUCGAGUCGUGGGCGACAGUAGAAGAGUGUUUCAGCUCAUGCUGCAUAUGCUCGGCCUCCUGAUGGAUCAGAUCGCAUCCGAGGGAAGUGGACGGAAUGCGAUUUUCCGGGUUUUCCAAGAGAGCGAAUGCACGGAAGAGAGAAGGGUCGACGGAGAGGCGGUGUGGAGACUGAACUAUCAGAACGAGACCGUGAAUGUCAGAUUCGAAUUCGUGAUAGUUGGACACUGUUCUGUUUCAGAAGAACUCCAUGGAAGGAGCAGAAGUAGCCAUGAGGAUCAUAUGAGCUUCAGAACUUGCGAGAGACUCGUAAAGGUAAUGAAGGGGAAGAUCUGGGUUGUCAGGAACCAUCAAGGUUCAGCGGAAGGAAUAUCGGCCGUUCUCCGGUUCCAACUCCGGCCAUCACUUCCAUUACCGAUCCCUGAAAAUUCACGAACCACUCGGUCGAGUUCCGCUUCUUGUCUCUCGCAGAAUACGUGAUUGAGCUUUUGAUCGGUGUCGUGGGUGAGGCGGAGCGGACGAAGGAACGGUGGAAGAAAUGGAGAAUGAAGGUAUUUGGUUAGGGGUGAAAUCUGAACGUUUCUAAAGUUGUAGGUUAUUAUGUAAUAAAUAAAAACGUACGGGUGUUCGUGCAAUAAAGAAGAGGACUUGAAAA